AUGAAUUUGCAAUCCUCAUCUACUGAGCCUCCGACCCGAUUCAGAAGGAAACAUCAGAAAACAAGGACUGGUUGUGUCACAUGCAAAGCCCGACGCCUAAAGUGCGACAAGAGACCAGGUCUAUGCCGUCGAUGUGAGAGUUCGGGCACGAGAUGCUUCUACAGGCCUCAACCCCAAGGCUAUCUGACAGGUGUCCAACGUGAUGAAAGCAUCGAUGUACAGUCGGUCCAGCCUGUGCUCGAGCUUGCCAUCUCGUCUAUUGAGCGGACACCCGAGACGACACAGCUACAGCAAUUCUGCAUGAGCACCAGCCUCGCCGUAUUCAAGAACCUUGGUCGACCCUUUGAGACCUUCUGGACAUCAGCGGUACCGAAGCUUAGCAUAUAUGAACCAUGUGUGGCACACGUCAUGGUUGCUUUGGCCGCCAGACAGCGUGCGUCUUUCUAUGCCAACCACUCCGCGGUGGAACGUACACAGCUGGUCAGAGCUUACAACAAACACUACACAAAUGCGCUGACUUUGCUUACCAAGUCACAGUCAGCUAGUCGGCCAGAGAUUAUUCUUCUCUGUUGCCUGAUGUUCAUCAGCAUGGAAAACGUUGAGGAUACCAUUUCUAACUCGUUUCUCCAUCUACGUUCUGGUCUCCAGGUAUUGAGAGAAUGGAAAGCUUCUCGGCUAGCAGGUCUCCCGGCUCAAAACUCGGCCAAGGACCUGAUCGAGAGGACGUUAGAGCCUAUUUUCGCACGUUUCGAAGCAGCAGUGAGUCCAUCGAUAUAUCAUAAAACCAUAGGCGAGCCGCCAACUGACCUCCGAUGGCCAAUGCCUUCAUUGCCAGGACGAUUCGAGAGUUUGGCUGCAGCGCGCGGAGUGCUCUACGAAAUAGCACAGUGGGUAUUUAGUCAAGGCCAACACCAGAUGAUAUUUCAGGGCAGGCAUACACAGGAGAUUGCGCCCACACUCGACCUUUGCCUGAGAUGGAAGGAGAGACUAAACAAGUACAAUAUCGAGCAUCCGAGAGAGGCUCAGAGAUACAAGACCUCAAUCCUAGCUCUCGAGACGAAUCAUCAGCUCCUCACUUUGUUAACCAAUUGCACAGCCCUCCCUAAUGAACAUCUUUGGACGAGAUACUCAGCUAUCCACGAAGAAAUGUUUAAGAGUAUCCAGUAUAUCGAGCAGCAGGGCCUCACCGAGCUCCCACAACGACGAUCCAAGAUGAGCCUCCUACCAAGAAUGAUGCCUGCACUCUUCACCAUUGCGGUCAUCUAUCGGCGGAGGGCAACCCAAAAGCAAGCUCUCGAAAUGAUCAAGCGGAUACAUGCAGAAAACCAUCCAGAUCAAUGCUUUGUCGCGGUCAUAGCGGAGACUCUAAUUCAGCGAGAGGAGGCUUUAGAGCAGGAAAGCAUUAUGCAGCUCGCGUCUAUGGCUACCCGCGUACGACCACUGAAGGCCGAGCUCAUUCCUGGAUGGCCUGGCCAGAUAUUACUGACCUAUACCAGACCAUUUGUUCGAUCGCUCGUAGCAGAAGACCCCAAUCUUGGCCCGAUAGUAUCAGGCGCACCCACAACCACGAUAGCAGUGCCGUGGCGGUCAGAAGAAGCACCUCCUGCAAGGGUCGUGUGGUUGUGGCCUGUCGUCGAGUUCUUGAGGCUGUCUGGAUCUGGUGGACUUGUUGGGCCCAAUACUGGUCAUUGCCUGUGCAAGACGUAUGGAGCGCUGUUUGCAUUAAUGAGGUAA